GCUUGCACUGACUGGGUUAACGAUACGACCUCGAACUUCUUCUGAGGAGAUUUUGCUGGCAUCAUUUUUGCUACCGACUUCGACUCUGGUGUAAUAAUGAUGCAUGGAAGAGUUACACUUGCUACAUGUUCUCUCAACCAAUGGGCUUUAGACUUCGAAGGAAAUGUUAGAAGGAUACUUGAAAGUAUUCAAAUAUCUAAAGAUCAAGGUGCUUCCUACAGACUAGGCCCAGAGCUUGAAAUCUGUGGUUAUGGCUGUGCAGAUCACUUCUACGAGAGCGAUACACUGAUGCAUUCGCUUCAAGGUCUUGCCCAGCUACUUAAGUCUCCCUUGACUCGAGGUAUCAUUUGUGAUGUUGGGAUGCCUUUAAUGCAUAAGAACGUACGUUAUAAUUGUAGAGUAAUAUUCCUCGAUGGACAGAUAUUACUCAUAAGGCCUAAAACUACGUUAUGUAAUGAUGGGAAUUACAGAGAAGGUAGAUGGUUUACUCCAUGGACAAAGGUUAGAACAACUGAAGAGUUCAAAGUACCCAAAAUAAUCUCAGAUAUAACAGGACAGACUACUGUCCCCUUUGGCGAUGGGGUGAUCUCCACACCAGACACAUGCAUUGGGAGCGAGGUGUGCGAGGAGUUUAAACAUGUUGCCAUGUCAAUGGAUGGAGUGGAGAUUAUAACCAAUGGUAGUGGUAGUUACCAUGAAUUACGGAAGCUGAACAAGAGAGUGAAACUAGCGACAACUGCGACUCUUAAGGGAGGUGGAAUCUACAUGUAUUCUAAUUUGCGUGGCUGUGAUGCCGAGAGAGUAUACUAUGAUGGUUGUCCGAUGAUAAUAAUCAAUGGUGAAGUUGUUGCACAAGGAAAACAGUUCUCAUUACAAGAAGUUGAAGUUGUGACAGCGACAUUAGAUUUAGAAGACGUGCGCACCUAUCGUUCCUCUUCACUUACGUAUAGCAGUGCGGCUGAAUCAUUGACGCCAAGCUUUCCACGCAUCAAGACAGAAUUCUGUGUAACCAAGGAUGACAAUCUUGCUAUCCCAACCUCUCAACCAAUCCAAUUCCAUUACCACACUAUUGAAGAAGAAAUCAGCCUUGGUCCUGCCUGUUGGUUAUGGGACUAUCUGAGGAGAAGUGGAAAAGCUGGCUUUUUCUUGCCUUUAAGUGGAGGUAUUGAUAGUUCAUCCACGUCUUGUAUUGUUGCAUCAAUGUAUCAUUUGGUUUGUGAAGCCAUAAAAAAUGGUGACAAGAAAACGUUGGAGGAAGCAAGGAGGAUUGUGCAUGAUAGCAAUUACACCCCGACAGAUCCUAAAGAGUUUGCCAACAGAAUAUUCGUAACCUGUUACAUGGGAACAGAGAAUUCCUCAGCAGAUACAAAGAACAGAGCAAGUAAUCUGGCCAAGGAUGUUGGCAGCUACCAUUUAGACAUCAACAUAAAUGCUAUAGUUACUGCCGUCCUUGCUGUCUUCACCCUUAUCACCUCGAAAAUCCCAAAAUUCAAAGUCCACGGAGGUACAGACAGAGAGAACCUGGCACUACAGAACGUCCAGGCCAGGUUGCGUAUGGUCUUAGCGUAUCUGUUUGCGCAGCUUAUCAUGUGGUCACGUGAGUUGGAAGGUAGUCUACUGGUUAUAGGGUCGACAAAUGUGAAUGAGAGCUUAACAGGUUACUUGACAAAGUACGACUGUUCCAGUGCCGACAUCAAUCCUAUUGGAGGAAUAACCAAGAACGACUUACGAUUUUUCAUAAUCUACUGCGUGAAGAAGUUUAAUUUUACCUCCUUGAUAAAUAUCCUGAAUGCUUCACCAACAGCUGAACUAGUACCUCUGGUAAACGGACGGACAAAACAAAAUGAUGAGGAGGAUCUGGGCAUGUCACAUGAAGAACUCGCGGUCUUCAUUAGGUACCGCAGCUUCAUGCGUUGUGGACCUUACAGCAUGUUCUGUAAGCUUGUACACAUCUGGAAAGACAAGUACAGCCCCGAACACGUCGCUGACAAAGUGAAGCUGUUCUUUCGUUACUAUUCCAUCAACCGCCACAAGAUGACAACGUUAACGCCUUGUUACCACGCAGAAGCUUACUCCCCGGAUGACAAUCGUUUUGACCAUCGCCCUUUCCUCUACAAUAUCCAAUGGUCCUGGCAAUUCAGCGCCAUUGAUGAGCACUUGAAGAAACUACAACAAGUCGCACUUGCCGCCCAACGACCUCAACAACAGUAUAACCAUUGCAACAACGGGUACCUUCCAGAAAUAGAUUAUUCUUCUUCCACAAAAAUGAAGGCUGGUAAACCUGAUUGUGAAAUUAAUAAUAACUCACAAGAUAUGUUCGUGCAAUAA